AUGCAUCCCAAACCUAUCACAAUACUCAUAGUGCCACCUGUUGGUCAAAAUAAACAGAAGCGACGAGACAAAACUGCCAAAGCUGCUGCUUGUCGAAUUGAACUCCCAACAGAACGGAUGUCUGAGCUGUUUAUGGAGUGUGAAGAGGAGGAGUUGGAGCCGUGGCAGAAGACAAUUCCAGAAAUCAAUCUGAUAGAUCUUGAAGAUGAUGACGAUGAUGAACCAAUAUUUGUCGGUGAAAUCUGUAGCUCCAAGCCUGCGGCCAACACAAGACAAGGUGCUGUUAACCAACAGAACCGGCGAAACGUCCCGGUUCAAAAACCCUCAAUGUUGGCAUCAUCACAAAAGCCUCCGCAAGCUCCGCCGAACCCCGCAAGUGUUGCUAUAGGUCCUACAAUCAUGGUCAGAGGUGCUGCCCCUUCAGGAGGAAAUCCCAUCCUCAUCCCUAUUAACACAACUCUAGGACCUCAAACAGCCCCUCAACCCAUCAUUAUUAACAAUCAGGGUUACAUUGUAGCAUCACCACAGAAUCUCAACAGCAGCACCUCGUUCAUCAGCGCUUUGGGGUCACAGUAUCCACUAGGAACCACUCUCACGGUUGUGCCAGCAGCAGGUCAGCAGAUAUUGCCGCAAGUCACCAUCACACCAAAGCCGGGGGUCAUUCACAGGCCUCAAGUGCAGCAUAUCCAGGACAAUGUGGUGACCUUGUCCAAUGUACGAGCCCCAGCUAACCUUUCUUCUCAGUCCCACACUACUUCAGGAUAUCUAAACACAACAGGCAUCGUUCCAGCAACACUAGCUAAACAAAAAACUUUAUCCCUGCAAACUAUGAACAGCAAAGAUAAUGGCACAAUGAUAAAUGUCACAAGCAACAGUGGGUCCAAAGGAGGUAAGCUUGACAUGGCUGGAGAUAAUGAUUUCCCCUUCAAAAAGAAUUGUCCCAGGUGUCAGAAUGUGUUUGGCUUUCAGCCUUUAAAAAAUCAUAUGAAGCUGUGCUGCCCUGAAUUAUUAGACUCUGUGUUCCCCUCAACAUCGAAGUCUGACAAACAAGCCAGUGCACCUAAAGUCUAUGAGUCUGACAAAGGCAAACUCAUCAUGCUGGUUUCAGACUUCUACUACGGGAAAUGUGAAGGGGAUCCAUCUCUGAUUCUCAAAUUCAAGUCCAACACCACCUUCAAGUGCAACAGCUGUUUAAAAAUGCUCAAGAACAAUAUCAGGUUCAUGAACCACAUGAAACAUCACCUGGAGUUGGAGAAGCAGAACAGCGAGAGCUGGGAGAGUCACACUACAUGUCAACAUUGUUACCGACAGUAUUCAACUCCUUUUCAACUGCAGUGUCACAUAGAGAGUGCACACAGUCCCUUCGAGUCCACCACCAACUGUAAAAUAUGUGAAUUGGCUUUUGAGACGGAGCAAGUGCUUCUGGAGCACAUGAGGGACAAUCACAAACCUGGAGAGAUGCCCUAUGCCUGUCAGGUUUGCAACUACAGGUCCUCCUUCUUCUCUGAUGUGGAUAACCAUUUCCGCACAGUUCAUGAAAACACUAAAGACCUGCUUUGUCCCUUUUGCCUGAAAGUCCUUCGCAGUGGCCAUAUGUACAUGCAACACUACAUGAGACAUCAAAAAAAAGGGAUUCAAAGGUGUGGAAAGUGCCGACUAAAUUUCCUCACCUAUAAGGAAAAAGUAGAACACAAGACACACUUCCAUCGAACCUAUAGGAAGCCUAGAAAACUUGAAGGAUUGCCUCCAGGAACCAAGGUGACGAUUCGGGCCUCAGUUUCUGGUGCGCAAAUGGGUUCUGAAACUUCAAGCAAAGCCUACAUCAUACCAACAAGUCCUGAAACGACCAAACAACCUGUUAGAAUAGCAGCAAACACAACCAAACCAAACGUAAAUGGAGGAAAGGCAAAGACGACAAACCAAUUCAGCUGGAACCGAAGCAACCAAAAUAAUGAGCUUAAAAGUUUGAAGCUUCCAAGUGGAGGAAAUAGGUGUGUUGAGUGUCUCUCAGAGGUUAUGGACCCUUAUGUUCAUUAUCCUUUAUUGCUGAGAUGCAAUAUAUGCAAGUUCAGAUCGAGUUGCCAGAAAGCCUUCAGACAUCAUAUGUUCAGGUUUCACAGCAAUUCUCCUAAAGUACGGUUUGGGAAAGUGAGGAAGCCUCCACGUGGUUUGCGGAGUCUAACGCUGGUGUGUCUCAAGUGUGACUUUCUGGCAGACGCUUCUGGCACUGACCAGAUGUCCGAGCAUUUGCUCAACAGGCCAAACCACUCCUGCCAGGUCAUCAUGGAGCCAGUUACCAAUGGAGGAUCAGAAAUGAACAGUCUUAAUUGGGAUGCCUAUUAAGUGGUAUUCGGGAGACCUUGCUUAAAUUAAAACGGGAGUUUUUGCAUUAAUUAAGGCUGAAGAAUAUAUUCUUAUUAAUGUGGACCACAA